AUGGCGCACGGGCUGCUGCUCGUUGGCGCCAUUGCCCUUGCAUCACUACCCACAACCCAUGCACACGGACAUCACACCCACGGACCAGCCGACAACUCAAUACCCAUCGAUUCCAUCCUCUGGAUCCAUAUCGGCGUCCAAACUUUCGCCUGGUUCCUCCUCUUUCCCCUCGCCAUGGUCUUAGGCAUGGUUCGACAUCGCCUCCACGUCCCAGUAGCCACUACCUCUCUCCUUCUCACCGUAGGCGGCUACUUUCUCGGCCACGGCCACAAAGGACGACAAUUCCCACACACCGCACACGGAACCUUGGCCUCCCUUCUCGUCUUCUAUCUCGCCGCACAAACCUUCCUCGGCAUCUACCUCAAACUCCAUCUCCAAUGGCGACCUGAAAAAUGGAUCCGUCCCACCCUCGUCACUAUCCACGGCAUCCUCGGCAAAUCCUUUCCCAUCGUCGGCUGGGUCCAGAUGGUGUUCGGCAUCAGCACCCUCCAAUCCUGGUGCUUCGGUGGACACCUCGGUCAGUGUCUAGCGCACUACAUUAUGGGAUCUGCUUUCCAAGCCUACGCCGCGAUUCUGGUGAUUAUGAUGAAAGCGGGGGGUGAUUGGCUCCAGAGGAGAGGACAGAGUCAGGAAUGGUUUGAUUCAUGGGUGAUCAUGUUGUGGGGUAUCGUGAAUACAUUUACCGAGCACCACGGUGGGCCUUGGACGCAUAAGGAUUUGCAGCAUACGUUGAUGGGCGCGUUGUGGUGGGCUGGUGGUGCGGUUGGGAUUUGGUUGAGUAGAGGUGGGAGAAGGAAUGUGUUCCCGUCGAUUAUCAUUAUUUCGACUGGGUGGGCGAUGAGUGCGCAUUCGCAGGCUUUGAUGAUUUCGACGAUGGUGCACUCCUUAUUCGGAUAUGCACUGAUGGGGGCGGGUAUUGCGAGGAUGAUCGAGGUCUGUUUUGUGCUGCAAGAUCGACCUACCGGCAGUACACGGGAGACGCCAGACAGAGCGGUGAGGAGCGAAGAGGCAGUGAAUGGAAGUUGGUAUCCUAUUAGGGCGUUCCAGUAUCUGCCGCCGUAUCUGUUGGUGGCUUCAGGGGUGCUGUUCAUGUCGGCAACGGAUGAAGAGUUGAGAUGGGCAGAUGCAAGGGGAGUGGAUCACGCGACGUGGGGGUUGAUCGAUUUCAGUGCGAGUAUGUUGAUGUUCUUGUGGAUCAACGUGCUGGUGGAUCUAUAUGUGGGGUAUGGUGGAAGGUAUGGAGCUGCGAAGAGGUAUGCAUUGCUGGCGAGAGGUGGCGAUAGAGAGGCUGAAGGGGUAAGCAGAUCGAUGUAUUCAAGACUCAGUAUGGGUAAUGGGAACGGUGCAGCUCAGAGUGAGGAUGCGACAGAACAGCUCGAGUUGAAUGGAUUGAAUGGGAAGAGAGCUUUGCACGCCAGGAGAGACGAGGAAGAGGAGAUGGAGCCAAGUCACGUGCUGUUCGAUGAAGAGGAUGAGGAUCCCUUUGAGGAAAAGGAAGUUGAUGGCGAGAGUAGCGCAAGUGGGAGUGGGAGCGGGGCUAGGGGUCGGAUCCAUCUCUAG